AUGGCUACAUAUAUGGCACCCAUUCCUCCUAGCGGACAAGGCCUAACGGCAAGGCUUGUGCGCCAAACAAAGAUUCCAAAGCCCGAUAAGCACGACGAGAGCAAGGCCAUUGACAUUGUAGCCGUCCACGGCCUGGCCCCUUGGGAGUCUUAUCCUGACGCUUCCUUCUGGCUGCGCGAUUUCAUUGCAAAGGACAUUCGUGGGGCCAGAGUAUUUACAUUUGACUACGAUGCCAAGGCAGUCUGGUUAUGCGAAUUGCCUCUGAAGAAUAUCCAGGAUGUGUCCAGGGCCUUGCUUGGCCAAAUUGUUGCUAUUCGGGAGGAUGUCCCCGAGACACGGCCUCUAGCAUUGAUCUGCCAUGGCUUCGGUGGCUUUAUUGUUGAAUCGUGCCUGAAUGAUGCCUUUUCACAAUUCCCAAAUACAAUCGAUUGCACUCGGGGAAUCAUCUUCCUUAGUACCCCACAACGUGCAUCACCAGGGAUCACGUGGGCGACGCUCUUGCUGCGUUGCGCGAGAGACAGUAUACGUACACCUCCAGGGCUGACACAGGCUGAACUGGCAUAUUCGCAAGACCUUGUGUGGGCAAAGAGAAGUGGAGUUGUUUUAUGCGAUAUCUCCGAGGGCUUCAAGGCAAAGGUUACCAAGAGGAUGAAAUUGUUUUUCUGCUACGAAGAUGUUCCGACAUGGCCACAGCAAGAAUGUAGUUUGAACGAGUAUUGCGCAGCUCUUGGUCGUCGUGGCGAGAAGGUCGAGUUGAUGGCGGGUUGUAGUCACCUCUCCGUGGCAAAUUUCCAAAGUAGGGAGGAUGAGAACUACAAGACAAUUAUCUCUGCCAUCAAGAAGAUCCGAAAGUUGGCAUUGAAAGACACAGCACCCACUUCAUCUGGACUACACGAAACGGCUCAAGAAAUUCAGAACCUCCAGGUCAUCCAGUCAUCCCAGGCCACGAGUAUACAUACCGUCCAGAACACUUCGGUCUUGAACCAACAGAAUUUCAGCAUGCAGAAUGCAGUCACGGCUACCCACAAUACAUUUGGUGCUCGUGAAUUAAGCCAUGGUUCAUCGCAAGGUACCAUGAUAGCGCUCAAGAAGUCAGGACCGGCCUAUGGCAACAUCCAGGAUGCGUCAAGAAUAUAUUCCGCCACUCCACAAUCCUCGCAAUUUGACGCGAAUAUGAUGAAGAUUCGCAGGCGUCCUGUUGGACUGUCCCCUGUCAAUCAAAUAUCAAAUUCACCUGGUCACGAAUCUCAGCCUAACAUACCAUCACAAAAUCUUCAAUUUACGUCGGGACAAUUGGGACAGCAAACACAGCACUACGCCAACAUUGCACCAAUCACUGCGCUAGAACCGAAAUCCUCCACCAAAUCAGGCAAGAAGCCCAAAAUGCCACAAGAAGCCGGCCCUCCACGUCCCGCAAAACUACCAUUGAACCCCGGAGAUGCGGCACCCAGACCAGCAGUCGUCCGCCAACUUAUCGGUAACGAGGGGAUGCUCUCCACUUCAAGCAACAUUCACAGAACAGACCAGCAAAUGCAUUAUACAACCAUAAAUAGCAUGGCAAUGAGUUCAUCCCAACACAUCUCUCCGCAGCCUAGUUCAGGGACAUACAACUACCCUCCAGUCCCGCAUCCAUUCCCCACCAAUCAUCCUAUGACUCUUACAGCUGGAGCAAUGCCUGUUCAACUGACAUCCCCACAGAAAGUGACAAAGCCGCCGAAGGCAUCCUCAGGCGAGCAACGCCCCGAACCUGCAAAGCUACCAGGGACAAACCCGAUGCCACACCAGAUCCGCCCCAAUAAGGUUGAUUCGGGAGUUAGAGGACCUCCGAUCCCGACUACCACAGCUGGAACCAUACCCAAAGUCGCUCCAAUGCAGGCACCCCCCACCGUACAGCAAGGCCUGCGGGAACUGCAGCUACAGCCUAGCUAUACUCCACCCCCCAAGAAGCCCGGGUUUUUCAAAAGGAUUUUUUCGUCUAGCAAGGAAUCGGCACCUGUCCCUACCACAGGAGGUCCUGGAGUGCGCCCGGGAAUACAAGUCGGUCCACACCAGCCGUCCGGGCAGACCAGCUGGGGAGGCUCUGGGUUACACUCGGGGCCACAAGUUUCACACCAGCCGUUGAAGCCGUCCAAGUCAUCCAAACCUCCAUCUGGACCUACCAGUUUGGGUGGCCCUGGAGUAUACUCGGGGCCACAAGUCGGUUCACACCAGCCACUGAAGCCAUCCAAGCCUUCAUCCAAGUCUCCACCCGGGCCUACCAGUUUGGGGGACCCUGGAGUACACUCGGGACCACAGGUCGGUCUUCAGCAACCGUUGAAGCCGUUGAAGCCGUCGAAGCCGUUGAAGCCGUCGAAGCCGGCCAAGCCUUCGUCCAAGUCUCCAUCUGGGACGACCAGCUCUAGUGGCCCUGGAGUACACUCAGGAUCACUAGGCGGUCCACAUCAGCCGUUAAAGCCGUCAAAGCCGUCCAAGCCAUCUAAGCCAUCUAAGCCAUCUAAACCAUCUAAGCCUUCAUCCAAACCUCCGUCCGGGCCUCCCAAACUGGUCGGCCCGGGAGUGUACUCGGUAUCACAAGGCGGUCUACACCAGCCAUUGAAGCCGUUAAAGCAGUUGAAACCGCUGAAGCCAUCUAAGCCAUCUUCCAAACCUCCGUCCGGACCGACCAGUUUGGGAGGCCCGGGAGUAUACUCUGGAUCACAAGGCGGUCCACACCAGCCAUUCAAGCCGUCUAAGCCGUCUAAGCCGUCCAUUUUGGGAGGUUCUGAAGUACACUCAGGAUCACGAGGUCUUUCGCAACAGCCGUACAAGCCAUAUAAGCCGUCCAUGCCGACCAGCUUAAGGGGACCUGGAGUACACUCGGGAUCACGAGAUGGUCCAUAUCAGCCGUACAAUCCUCUAUCACAUACGCACUUGUCACCCUAUGGCCCGCCGAGACCGGGACAAGGCCCAUUGAUACAUGGUCACAAUAAUAAUGACCACUUCGGGCCAGGGCAACAUCAGACUUGGGGUCACGGUGAUGGUUUUAAUUUUGCACCAGGUCAAACUUCUAGUCACAUUACUAGUAAUAUUCCAGUCGAACCUCCAGCUAAGCCCACGGGUUCGGUUGAACCUACAGGUCCAAUCAAACCUCCAGGCCCAGUCGAGCCUCCAGUUGAGCCCACAGGCCCAGUUGAGCCCACAGGCCCAGUUGAGCCCACCGGCCCAGUUGAGCCCACCGGCCCAGUUGAUCCCACCGGCCCAGUUGAGCCCACCGGCCCAGUUGAGCCCACCGGUCCAGUUGAUCCCACAGGUCCAGUUGAGCCUACAGAUCCAAUCAAACCUCCAGGCCCAGUCGAGCAUCCAGUCGAGCAUCCAAUCGAGCCUCCAGUUAAGCCCACUGGUCCAAUCAAGCCUCCGGGUCCAGUCGAGCCUCCAGUUGAGCAUACAGGUCCAGUCGAGCAUACGGGCCCAGUCGAGCCUAUAAGUCCAAUCAAGCCAAUAGGUCCAGUCCAACAUACAGGUCCGGCUGAGCCUAUAGGACGCGGUUUCACUCCUGAUGAGAGUCAUGGCCAGGCCUGGAAGCCCGAUCACAGUCGCAAUCAGGCUCACCAGUCCCAGUCCCAGAAUCAAAGCAGUCGAAGUGGAAAUAUAGCCGCUGGCCUUGCAGGUUUAGCUAUAGGUGCGGGUGGUGCAGCUUUUAUGGUGGCUUCCAUGGGCCAAGGCAAAGAAAAUGACGAAAGCAAUGUUAACGAUGACAACAACCACGAAGGCGAUGAUGACAGUGAUAGUCAGGGAGAAGGGGGAGGUGACAGUGACAGUGACAGUGACGGUGACAGUGAUGAAGAUGAUAGUGAUGGUCAGGAAGCAGUGGGAGGUGGUGACAGCGAUGAAGAUGGAGGUGGUGACAGCGAUGAAGAUGGAAAUGGUGACAGUGAUGAAGAGGAUAGUGAUGGGCAGGAAGAAGAGGGAGGUGGUGACAGCGAUGAAGAUGGAGAUGGUGACAGUGAUGGAGAGGAUAGUGAAGAGGGAGGUGAUUACAGUGAUGAAGAGGCAGAUGGUGGAUGGUGGUAG